CGAACGGGAAAAAGCACGAAAUUGACACACGACCUUAUCUGAUAUCUUGUCACUAAGCGGGCUCUUGUACCCGGACCCGUCACCAUGGAGCAACAACCUCUCAACUCGCAACCUCAACAAGGAGACUUGAAUUGGCGACUCAGCGCCCACCCAAUCACCCUCCUCACUUUCCUCGGCUUCCGCCUGGGAGCAUUGCUGAUGUAUCUCUUCGGCGUGCUUUUUAUAAACAACUUCAUCCUUGUCUUCAUCCUGACCCUCCUCCUCCUCAGCGCAGACUUCUACUACCUCAAGAACAUCGCUGGUCGACGCCUCGUCGGCCUCCGCUGGUGGAACGAAGUCAACACCACCACCGGUGACUCGCACUGGGUGUUUGAAUCCGCAGACCCGAACACACGCACCAUCGCGGCAACGGAUAAGCGCUUCUUCUGGCUGAGUCUCUACGUUGCGCCGGCGCUGUGGAUUGGCUUGGGCAUAUUGGCCAUCGUCAGGCUGAAUAGUGUGAUUUGGUUGAGUCUGAUUGGUACGUAUACCUUUUCUACGCAAACACAGAUCCGGAUUCGCGGUGGUUGGAAGGGUGCUGAUUUGUUCCGUGUAGCGAUUGCGCUGGUUCUGACGAUCACGAAUACGACUGCAUUCUCCCGCUGUGACCGCUUUAGCCAGGCGUCGACAUAUGCGAAUAUUAUUCGAGUCAAUGUGUAUUGGUUGUUUACUCCCUACGGCGAAGAUAAUCAUGAACGGUUGCUGAAUCUACCUGUAGUGUUAUCUCUCACGGAGUCUCCUAUCACUUUCAAACCUCCCGUAUUCUGCGCAGACGAGAUUUAA